AAGAACUGAGAGAAAUAAUUCAUAAUGUAAUUAAUAAGGUGAAAAACCUUGACCAACAAAAUUUUGAAAAGUAUUUGAAAAUUGUUGAUAUUCCUUUGAAGACACAUGGAGUAGAACUUGAUUCUAUAAUUAUUAUUUUAUUAGAUUUAUAUUUUCAAAUGAUGAUUGCUUAG